AUGCCUAUUCAGUUGUCGAUUGAGGUGAAACAACCAAAGAGAUUAAGCUCACCUAAAAGACUGUACCAUCAUCAUUCAUUGCCUGAGGGUACUACUAACAGUAUACCAAUGUCAGAGACUCAAAUGAAUGCUCGGAAUGUAAAUUAUUCAAAUCAACCACAUAAAAUUGUCGAGUCCAUGGUUUGGCGUCCCAUAACCGAACAACAAGCAACACCCUCUCCGAGACAUAAGGACAAUGGUCCCAAGAGAUAUCACAAAUACAACAAAACCAAUGACCCCAACACCACAACAAUAACAUCAACAAGUAUUGCAACAAGAAAUUCGCUCCGAUCAUCGAUUGUAAAUAUUAGUUCGGAUGACCUCAGCGAGCCAAAAAAAACUAAGCGAAAAAAGUAUGCCAUUCAAGCCUUUCUACCCAAACAAAAACUUAAUCCAAAGUAUGAAAAUAAUAUGAAUAGAUAUAGAGCUGAAUAUCAAUUUGUUAAGGAUCAGAUGAGGCAAAUGGAGGAAAGAAUGAGAUACUUGAAUGAGGACAGCUUUGGUGAGGAUGGUGAUGCUAUUGCAUUUUCCGAAGGUGUGUUGGAGGAAUACAAGAUUGUAGAUGAUUCUGAAGAACCAACUGUACCUCCUCUUCCUUCAGUUUCUUCACCGUCACAGAUUGGUCUGAGAAGAGCACAGUCUGCUUCAUCUAUCAACAGACCAAAAAGUGUUUUACAGGCAAAAAGUCCCACACGUGUGAGGCCCCAACAACGGUUUGAUCCUGCUGUUCAUUCGUCAGAAAUAUUUCACGGUGACUCAUCUUCUUUUGGAAGCAUGACAAGAUCUGUAACCAUUUCAAGGCCUAAGUAUCUUUUUGCAAGAACUAAGCGUACCACAAGUCAAAAAACAACAAACGAAGUACCAUCUCCAACCCAUAGUGACAGUGGUAGACAUUCCGUUUCUGGUGAAUUUUUGCGGAAAUCACUUCCUCAAUAUCCGAACCAAUCCCUUAAAUCAUCCCUUAGACAAUCACAUACGACGUCCACUAAGAGUAUCCUAAGGAGCUGCAAAGACUUCGAUACAAUCGUUGAACAAAGGAGGCCUGUAUCACAAGGAAGUAAUAGAACUAGGUAG